AUGAGCCCCCCAUCCAAUGCCUGGCCAACAGACAACCGAGCGGAGAGCUCUACUUCGCACAGGAAGGGCAAGAGGAAGCAAAGAGAGAAACCUACCGAAGGAUAUCCAACCCUGGUUCUUGGUCUACUAAGCUCUGCUACGCUGCUGGAGCGUUCCAAUGGCCGCCUUGAAUGGAGCACAAUAACAGGCGCCCUGGAUAAGAGAAAGCGCUCGCGAAUCUCUGCAAGGGACUCUGUCACGCUGUUUCCGUCUACGCGAACGCCCGAGCUCCCUCUGCCGCACACGACGAUACAGCAGAAAGCCGAAGAGGGUGCCAAUUUCCUCCGCACCUUCCUCCCUGACGUCGACGUGACCGCCGAACUCAUCCGCGAGGAGAUCACCCAUGACGAGGAGCUAGCUCGCGAUACCGUCACAUUCGAUCCACUCGCUGGGAACACUUUGGCGCCCGUGGUGUACCACGACACUCCGACACAAGCAACUAAAUGCCUGGCUUUUCCUACCGGCGAACUUGGAAGUGAUUUGAAUAUCUCGCCGUAUACACAUAGCGCAGACGAAGGGACCACUUUCAUACCGCAAGCACGUCCUGCACGAACAUUUCCAACACCGAUCCAACAAAUUGUAGCGCAUAGUCCCGCCUCUGGUAUAUGGAAUCAGUCUUCCUAUCUCGCCAUACGCACUCUCGGAGCCACACAUAUCUCGCAGCUGAAGGCGCAAGCGAGUGCAUCAGCCGUGCAACUCGAAGACUGCCUGACACUCAGGCGCGCACAUACGGGCAGCAAAUAUAUCGUGGACAUGGAUUUCCAGCCGUCUGGACCGACAUUCGUCGCCGUAAAUGAGCAGGGUGGCGUCUAUUCCGCUGACCUGACCGUGGGACAGUCCUCCCUGAAGACCGUCGUCCAGCCACUCGAUACGACUUCACAGAACGAUCAAUUUUGGAGACUAGGAAUGAACCUAUUGACUCCAACUUUUCUGCUCGCAUCCUCCUCAGCCGUUCGUCGGCUAGAUCCUCGAACAAGCGAAACACCAACAUCCACCUUCUCUCUUGCGAAACCACCAGAACGCCUCACAGCAAUCGAAGAGGACCCGGCCGAGAACAUUAUUCGUCUAUGUACGACCUCGCAACUUCUUUGGCUCGACUCCCGAUAUUCUGCACGCCCGCUACUGUCGUACGUGCACGGUCGACAGUACGACCCUUCACUACAACUUCAUACGGCCAGGAUACGCGAUACCCCCCUCUCAUUCCUCUCAUCACCUCACAAUGGCCUAGUCACCGUCUACGACGUUUCUCGCGCGGAUGGCGACCUCAUCUAUACACACACCCCACCGUAUGCCCUGCCCUCCAUUCCCGCACAGCCGUUCGUGGGGCAGGCACUUCUCGGACAUCCCUUCUCGAAUAACGACAGCGACUUUCUAAGCUGCAUUCGCUUGGACGCUCGGGGCGAGUUAACCUGCAACGAUCUAUACCUCGCGGACGAGGGAGAAGAUCCUGCAGCAUUUCGGACGAGCGUCGAUUGGUCGGACGAAGUCAAAGAGCUGGCUAGCACAGCAGAAAAUGCGGAACCGGACUCUGGCCCUCUAGGCAUGCAAGACAAGGUUGAGAUGAAUCUACGGCCGGCGUACGAUAGGGUCUUCCGCCAGCACGACGAUGAGCGCCGUGUCGCUCAAGAGCAGGACACCGAUUCCGUCUACGACCUCCUCGACAAUGUCCCUAACUAUUGGCAACAAGCAGACGAGUACCCCGACCACAUGUUGACAACCUACGACGUCCUCUUCCGCUCCGGCGACGAGCCCAAGAAUCCCUCCCGGGCCGAUUUCCUGACACAAAGCACUAUCAACUCCCUCCGCGGGUAUCGCGCGCUCGUGCAGGAUCGCAUACAACUCGAGAGUAUCAAGAAGGGGGCAAAGUGGCAUUGGGAUAUAGGAUCCAGUUUAGCGAGGCUGGAUAGUGACUUUGAGAGUAAAGACGUUGGGGAGAUGGAGGAGCUAUUGAGGCAGUGGGAUCUGGCGGGUGACGAGGGCCAGGUGAAUGGCGAGGGCACCAAUGAAGCCGACAUUGACUCGCCAGAAGACGCGCGCACCGCCGCCUCGCUCCGCCGCGAGGACGAAGCCCGCCAACAAUUGACCCUCGACCUAGCCCUCUCCCGACAUAUAUUCUCCGCUCGUCCUUUCCUUUCACCUCCAGAAGAAUCCGACGACCUGGAGGCCAUGACUUCGGCUCUCUCCCUCGCAACGGAUCCGCCGCCUGUGCACUUCAGCUACUUGACGCCUUUGAGGAAGGACCACUAUGCGAAUGUGCACCCGAAUGAGAGCGCGAUUGCUCAAGCCGACACCACCGCGAACACCGCCCCCGACGCCGCAAACACCACCCUCGAUAGCACCGAUACCCCCGACACCACCGAUACCCCCGACACCACUGACCAACCCCUCACCCUCCCCCCAGGCCCCCGCCUCCUCCUCAGCGAAUGGACCCUCGGCGAAGACCCCGCAGAGUACGAAUUCCACGACGCCUACGAUGCGGAUGCCGCCGAGCGCCCGCCGCCGGUGGCGAGAAGGAAGGCGGCGAAACCGACAUCGACGGCGGGAAUCCUGAGCGCGGAGUUACAGCAGCGAAGCCAGCCGCCGUUCGUUGUUGCGAGUCAGCCACCGCCUGUGAUGGCGAGUCAACCGCCGCCGGUGGUGGCGAGUCAGCGAGCUCCGGCUAUUUCCAUGCGAGCCGCCUUCCCUUCGACCCAACCACUCGCGCGUCGACCUCUGCAGGCUGCAGGCAGCGAACCCAACAUGGACUUCGGUCAGAACCGUAUGGACGUUGGCCAGAGCCAGCCGAACGCAGAAUUCAGCCAGAGCCAGAGCCAAGGGAUAGACUUCAUGCCGAGUACGCAAGUGCUGCCAGGACCGUUCGGCGGACGCCCUGCAGCGAAGAAGAAACCGACGAAAAAGCGGGUUGGGGGCUUUUAG